GCCGAACAAUGCCGCUGCGGCCCCUACAUUUGACACGUGCGUUGCUAGGCACGUGCACGCCAAGACGCAGCUUGCAGCACCUGGCCCCGGCCGCCGCCGGCGAAGAGAGCCGCGGGCCCGAAACAGCCCGGGCCCAGCCUCAGUUGCCUUUUGACCGGCGGAAAAAUGGCGAGAAAUUCGGGCAGUUGGUGCGGGACGAGCACUGGCGGCCCGCCGGCGCGGCCGCCGACGGCCGGCACGUGAAAAGCGUGGCGCUCGCGGGCGAAAAGCCCGCGUAUUUGGAGGCGCCGUCGCCGUUCCGCAAGGCCGACGGCUCGUUUGUCCAUGGCCGCAAUUCCGAGGAGGCCCGGCUCGACCCGCGCACGCUCGGGGCCCGGGUGGACAGCCUGGUGACGCAGCUUCCCGCCGAGCUCGCCGGGGUCAUUGGCAGAAACAUCUUGCUGGCGGUGCUGCCGGCCAAGCUUCGCGAGCGGGCUGCGCAGAUCUACCAGAGCCUUGAGAAGGAGCAGAUCCAGCGGGCGCCGGAGCUGGCGCUCGACGCGGACGCGCACAUUGCGGCGUUGUUCUUGCAGAACUACUCGCACGCGUACCGGGCGCUUUCGGAGUUGAAGCAGCGUGUCGGGCCGCAUUUCCAUCCGGACCUGGUGCUUGACAUUGGCUACGGGCCGGCCACGGGCAUGCUUGCGUUGAACGAGCUCAUGGGCGCCGGGUUUGCGCCGCGCACGAAGGAGGCCUAUGUGGUGGGCCGGAGCAACCGGGAGAUGAAGAAGCGGGCCAAGAUCUUGUUGUCGCGGCAGGUGAGCGAGAUUCCGCGGGGCGGACCAGGAGAGACAGAAUCUCAAGAGACAGAGUCCAGAGAGACAGAACCCAAAGAGACCGAACCCAAAGAGACAGAACCCAAAGAGACAAACGACGCCGGCGCCCACUACAUCGGCCAGGUCGACGCGUCGCAAAUCACCGUGGUCACCAGGUUGCGCGACGCGCUCCCCUCCACCAAGCAGUACGCCCUCAUCAUCGUCAACCAGGCCUUGCUCUCGCGCGAGUACAACUUCCCCAAAGACGUGGACACCAACCUCCACAUGAUCUUGCGGCUCUUGAAGCCGGACGGCCACUUGGUGAUUGUCGAGCGUGGAAACGCGCUCGGCUUCGAGAUCGUGGCCCGGGCCCGCCAGGUCAUGCUCCGCCCAGAGUCCCACCGGGGCGAGGUGGGCCGCGUGCCCCGGCCAUACAUCCGCGGCUCGUCGGUCAAGCCACAGAAACUCCGCAAGGAGGACCAGCUCAUCACAGAGGACCAUAUCCAGUACGAGCACGCGCUUCUCCAGCAGAUGGAAAACGGAGAUGCGGCCGGCGCUGCCCCAGUGGGCCUCGAGGCGCAGAUCAAUGCCAAGUUCGGGCCUGUUUCCGACGAGGACAUGAGGUUUGAGUUUGAGGAUACCGGCGAUUAUGACGUGGUGCCCCCCCAAGGCAAUGGCCCGCCUGACGUCGACUUCCACCUCAGCGUCGUGGCCCCCUGCGCCCACCACGCAGUGUGCCCCUUGCAGCUCGGAGACCCCAAGUUCUACAAGAUCUCCGGCCACCAGCACCGGUUGCAAUUCUGCAGCUUCCAGCAGGUCGUGGAACGGCCACGCUACACCAUGGAGCUCAAGCGCGGCAAGCGGUUGGCCACGCUGUGGAACAAGGACGCCGAGGACGGCUUCGGGCUCAAGCACAUGCCCAAGAGCACCGCCAAACUGCUCCAGGGCUCCGGCCGGCCGGGCGGAAACAACUCCGAGUCCGGCUCCUUCUCGUACUUGAUCAUGCACCGGGCCAAGAACGGCCCCGACGAUCUCCGGGCCAUCCGAGACGCCCGGGACCACCAGCACGAGGACCCCUGCGCGUUGCCUCGCAUCCUCGAGACCCCGGAGAAAGUCAAGAAGAACGUGCGCUUGAAGGUGUGUGCGCCGUCGGGCAACAUCGAGUUGUGGCAGGUGCCCCGCAGCGUGGGCAAGCAGGACUACCACGACGCAAGAAAGGCCCGCCAGGGCGACCUCUGGGCCUUGGGCAAGAAGAGUGCGUUGGUCAAGUCGCGCUUGUCCGACGCCCACAUGGACAAGUUGAAGCGCAUGCUGAAUCUCCAGCGGAAGUUCGUGGUCAAGGAGAAGCGCAAGCAGCAGACGAAGAAGCUCACCAGCAGACUGGAGGCCGAUUUCGACGACCCGCUAGACGACCUUGAUUCCUUGGCCUCUGAGUUGGAGCAGUCCCGGAAGUACCGCGCCAAGGGCAAGAAGGCCGGCUUCGAUGUGGACUUGCGGGCCUACGACGGGAAAUAG